GAGGUUAUCAAAGGCAAUGGAAAGCAUAUUAGCCAAACAGUCAAGCUGUGGGUCGAGCAAUAUGAAACGGAUUCAAAAUCUGCAAUGGUUGAACUCUUGACAAUGCUCUUUAAGGCAUGUGGUGCCAUAUAUACUAUAAAAGGCUAACUUCUAGAUGAGACUGAUGUCGAUGAUGUUGUUGUUGCACUGGUCGAGCUUGCUAGACGAGGGGAAGUUGAAGAUUACCAAAGCUCAAAAAAGGAGUUUAAGAAUUUCAAAGAUAAUCUUCAGUUAUUCUGGGACAGAUUGGUACGUGAGAGUCAACAUGGCCCUCUCUUUGAUCAGGUUCUGUUCGACAAGUGCAUGGACUAUAUAAUAGCUUUGUCAUGCACUCCUCCAAGAGUCUAUCGUCAAGUUGCUUCUAUUAUGAGACUUCAACUCGUCACAUCCUUCAUAGCUGUUGCUGAUGUCCUCAGUGCUCAACGUGAAACAACUCGUAGGCAGUUAGAUGCUGGAAAAAAGAAAAGAGCCGAAGGACCUCGUGUUGAGUCACUAAGCACAGGGUUUUCAGUGACUCAUGACAAGAUAACAAUGCUACAGGAGAUGAUGCGCAAAAUCUUCACCGGGUUAUUUAUGCACUGUUAUCGAGACAUGGAUCCAAAUAUUCGAAUGUCUUGCAUAGAGUCUUUGGGUGUAUGGAUUUUGUCCUACCCCUCUCUGUUCUUGCAGGAUUUAUACUUAAAGUAUCUUGGUUGUACACUAAAUGACAAAAAUGCUGGUGUCAGAAAAGCUUCUGUCCUUUCAUUGCAAAAGCUGUAUGAUGAGGAUGAUAAUGUGCCGACUCUUGGUCUAUUCAUUGAAAGAUUUUCCAAUCGGAUGAUUGAGCUUGCUGAUGACAUUGACAAUACUGUAGCUGUAUGUGCAAUAGGCCUUGUAAAACAACUGUUAAGGUAA